UCAUCAGUCCGCGCGGCGGCACAUGGGCCGGGAGCCGCCGCCGCUGCCGCGCCACGCGCCGCGGCCUCCCGCCGUGCCCUUAGUGUUCGUUGGAGCGAGCUCCCGUUUGCCUUGGAUCCGGGGAGUCUCGUGGGUGGGGGCUGCCCUUCCCGGUCGGUCGGCAGGAGCCCGGCAGGAGGAGGCGUUGGAGCUUGACGGAGAGCGCCAGGAGCCGGGCGCCCAGCCCCGCGCCGAGAGGGCGGACGGAUUGAGCUCGGAGCUCCAGCGAGAUGCCGGCUCGGACCCGCUCCCGGGGCGGCUGUCGGGGCUCGGCGUGCCCAUGAGCCGGGCAGCGAGCGUGCCGGGCGGGUGGCCUGGUGGGAACAGGUCCGGCCGCAGAGCUGCAGCGGGACGCGCUCGCCAUGGAGUUCACGGUGAUCGACUACAUCAUCUUCGGGCUGCUGCUGGUGCUGUCGUCGGCCAUCGGGCUGUUCUACGCGCUUAGCGGGGGCCGGCAGCGCACCGUGCAGGAGUUCCUCCUGGCGAACCGCAACAUGGGCUUCCUGCCCGUGGCCCUCUCCUUGCUGGCCACCUUCCAGUCGGCCGUGGCCAUCCUGGGAGUGCCGGCCGAGAUCUACCGCUUCGGCACCGAGUACUGGUUCCUCGGCUGCUCCUACUUCCUGGGGUUGCUCAUCCCGGCGCACGUCUUCAUCCCCGUCUUCUACCGCCUGCAGCUCACCAGCGCCUACGAGUACCUGGAGCUGCGCUUCAACAAGGCCGUGCGCAUCUGCGGCACCGUCACCUUCAUCUUCCAGAUGGUCAUCUACAUGGGGGUGGUGCUUUACGCGCCCGCGCUGGCCCUCAACGCAGCGACGGGCUUCGACCUCUGGAGCGCGGUGCUCACCAUGGGGCUGGUCUGCACGCUGUACACCACGCUGGGUGGGCUGAAGGCCGUCAUCUGGACCGACGUCUUCCAGACGCUGGUGAUGCUGGCGGGGCAGCUGGCCGUGAUCGUGGUGGGCGCCCGGCGGGUGGGCGGCAUCGGCCGCGUCUGGCGCCUGGCCGACGAGGAGGGCAAGAUCUCCGGCAUCGACCUCAACCCCGACCCCUACGAGCGCCACACCUUCUGGACCCUGGCCUUCGGGGGCGUCUUCAUGAUGCUGUCGCUCUACGGGGUGAACCAGGCCCAGGUGCAGCGGUACCUGAGCUCCCGCAGCGAGAAGGAGGCCGUGCUCUCCUGCUACGCCGUCUUCCCCUGCCAGCAGAUCGUGCUCUGCCUCAGCUGCCUCACCGGCCUCGUCAUGUUCGUCUACGACCGCGAGUACCCGCUCGCGCCCGCCCACAGCCAGGCCACCCCCGACCAGAUGGUGCUCUACUUCGUCAUGGACGUGCUGAAGGACCUGCCGGGGCUGCCGGGCCUCUUCGUGGCCUGCCUGUUCAGCGGGUCGCUGAGCACCAUCUCCUCCGCCUUCAACUCGCUGGCCACGGUCACCAUGGAGGACCUGCUGCGGCCCCACUUGCCCGGGCUGUCGGAGUCGCGGGCCACGCUGCUCUCCAAGCUGCUGGCUCUGGGCUACGGGCUGCUCUGCCUCGGCAUGGCCUACGUGUCCUCCAUGCUGGGCCCCGUGCUGCAGGCGGCCAUCAGCAUCUUCGGCAUGGUGGGCGGCCCGCUGCUCGGCCUCUUCAGCCUCGGCAUGUUCUUCCCCUGCGCCAACGCCACGGGUGCCGUCGCGGGGCUGGCGGCCGGCCUGGCCAUGGCUUUCUGGGUCGGCAUCGGCAGCCUGCUGCAGAGCGCGCGGGCGCCCGCCGGGGCCCUGCCCUCCAACGGCACCGCCGUCCCCGCCGCCGGCAACCUCACCGCCGGGCUGGCGGCCGCGCUGCACAGGUGGGUCCGCGCCGCCGGCGGAGUCGUGGGGAGGGGGGGACGGGGUCGGCCGUGGGGCCCCCUCGCAGCCCGCUCUCCCCGCAGCCCCACCGGCCUGGAGAAGUUCUACAACCUCUCCUACAUGUGGUACAGCGCCCACAACUCCACCACCGUCAUCGUCGUGGGGCUCCUCGUCAGCCUGCUCACCGGCCCCACGCCGGGGGAGGCCGUGGAUCCCCGCACCAUCUACCCCGUGCUGCCUCGCCUCUUCUGCUGCCUGCCCCAGAAGUGCCGGGACAAGCUGCGCUGCGGGGUGGGCUCCGCUGCCCAGGAGGCUGACGGCACGGAGCUGCCUGCGGACUCCUUGGUGAAGCGCAGCAACGGGAUCCCCAAUGGCCCCGCCAGCGAUCUGGCCCCCGUGGGGGUCCCCAGGCGGGAGGAGGAGGAGGGGGAAGGACAGGGCUACAUCCGCAUGGCCGGGGCUCCUGCCUACGCCGUGCAGGAGACGUCCUUCUGAGCCUGCCGCCCCCGUGGGGCUCUCGCCCGACACCGGAAAGCACCAGGUGGCCGGGCAGGGGCUGGGUCCCUGCCCAGGGGGCUGCCCCACGGCGCCGGCCCGGCGCCGGCACCGCAGCGCUGCGGACCCCUUCCUCCCCGGCUCCGCCGCGGCUCCGGGACCACAGUUUGGGGCAGGGCCGCUGCUGCCCGCAGCCUCCGCCGUUCCUCCCUCCCAAUAAACGAUUCCCGCGCA